UGCAGGGAAACCAAGGAAACAGGAAACAAAUUGCUUGAAAAUUCAAUUCUCUAAAGUUCUAGAGGCAAUACAUACAGAUUAAAAGUUUGAUAAAGAAGGUAAAAGAAGUCUUCGUAAGGGGAAAGUUUUGGAAGCACUGACGGUGUUAAAAAUGUCGACUUCGUUCGAUAAUUUGGUGGCAAGGAAGGGAAGUCCAACGCAUAGCCUGCGUAGUGGCAGCACUGAGGCAUCGGGCUCGAAUAGAAGCGAGACUCGAGAUCUUUCUCGACAAACAGCCCAACAACAAAGAAUUAGUCAACGCCGCGCGAUCCAAGCAAGAAAAAUUGUGUUUUUGGUCCUGAUUCUGCUGCUUAUUCUCGGCGGACUUGGCUAUGCCAUCUACAGAGUUGUUAGCAACGAUUCAGACGAGACAACAACAACAAAAAUAAAACUGGAUGAAAAUGACAAGAAAACGACGACCAUCAAGACAAGUUCUAUACACGAGAUGAAAAAGGAAACAUCUGUUUUACAAGAAUCAACAAGAACGGUCAUGGUGUCGAAAAAGAAAGAAAAGCGGUACAGUACUGAUCACAUUACCUCAACAUUCUCGACAGUAAAACAAGCUCUAGGGUCGGAUCAAGGAACAACCUCAAUUUUAAAUGCUCAUGCGACCCCGAACCUUCAGUCGACCAAAAUGCAUGAAAGUUCAUAUAUCGCUCAAGGAAAUCAGGCAAGUUCAUCUGCUGCACCGGAUAUGAAGUCCAGUCUGGAUAACAUGGCCCAAACGACAAAUAAUGGUAUACAAACGCCAGCAGCUGGUGAGCAUCCUUCAAGUGACUUUAUUAGGAAAACCAGCAGUACGAAUCUAGGACUUAAGAUUACUAAAACAACAUUGCAUCAAAGUUCAAAAACCAAACAAGCAAUUCAACCAACAACAUCUGUGGAUCCAGCCAAAUCUUCAAAAAUCAGCAAUGUUGAACAAGUUAAUACCAGAGAAACAAAAUCCUCAAUCAUGGUUACGGAAAAAGUUAAGCUCACCACAACGAAAAACUUAAAUCUUAAGGCAACCGAAACUAAUCUUCCUUUCCUUUCGGACUCAGUCACAAAAGUUACCCCAGAAAACGAAGGAGUUACUUCUAAAGUGCUGCCGUCGAUACAAUCGUCGAUAUCUGCUGUGAAAAAUAUGACUGCCUUGUGGAACGUUGAACAUGCGACGUCUACCAAUGUCCUGCCUCUGAUUUUGCAAACAAGUAAUGCAACAACGCAUAUGACAUCCAGUAGUAUCCUCGGCCAAUUACAUAGUUACAACGUUACCACAACGAAUCCCCUUCAUGCAUCUGCCAGCGCUGUGGUUUCUGUUGUAUUAGAAAAUGGGACCAAUUCCUCCUUGGGCGAUAGCGGCAUGGCAGCUACAACAAUUCAACCAAGUAAGACCUUUGUAACUCCAGUGGUUUCGAGCUCAGUGACCAUCCCCCCUUACUAUCAUCCAUGGAGUAACUGGACAACAUGCACGCGAAAAUGCGGUGGUGGUUACAUAUAUCAGACCCGUAAUUGUUCGGAAGAGGGGCAAUGUGGUGGUCUGGGACCAAGUGUAAAUACAACCAUCUGCAACUUACAUAAAUGCAAUGAGACAGUAUUUGAUGUUUCGCUUAAUUUAACUGGUUUGGAAUGGACCGAUGAUUUCCGCAACACAUCAUCUGAGGCAUAUUUGGAACUCGUAGAGCAGUUUAUGAAGGAGCUGCGUUCACUUUAUGGACCAAACGUAACGAUUCAGGUUGACAACAUAAGCAAAGGAAGCGUCAUUAUUUCAUUUACCAUCACCUUUGCUACAUCAAGCCAUAUCAAUAACCUAACAAAUGCAAUUAAUGAAGGAAAGAUUGGCAACCUCUCCGUUUCUCUGGUGGAGAUUGUUAACAAUAUUGUGCCAAGAGAACCAGAUUUUGUUCUGGUCCACAACACCACGACAAAUUCAACGAUGAUACAAUGGAACAGGAUUCAGCCAAGCAAUGCAAACGGAAUUCUUCUUGGCUAUAAAGUCACCUUAACACCUGGCAAUGCAAGCUGGACGUUUCAUAGUAAUGACGCAACUUUAGUGAGUGUUUCCGAUCUCAUUCCUAAUACAGAAUACACAGUCAAUGUUUUUGGAUACAACGUCAAUGGCGAUGGAGAAAUGAAAACCGAAACAUUCAAAACAAAAGAACUCCCCCCGUACUUUCUGCUCUGGGGUGAAUGGAGUAAUUGCUCGCGUGACUGUGGUGGAGGUGUGAUGUCACGAAAUCGUACUUGUUCAAAAGAAGCCAUGUGUUCACAUCUGGGAGAUUAUCAGGAAAAGGAGUUUUGUAAUGUUAAAAAGUGUAAUGAAACAACUUACGACGUCAGCCUGAAUAUGACUAAUGUCGAGUGGACAGAUGACUUAUACAACACAAGUUCAAAAGCAUAUCAAGACCUUCUAGCAAAACUUUUGGAGGAACUGAAGAAGAAAUACCCAAAUGCAACGUUUGAAGUUGAUGGCAUUACGAAAGGAAGUGUACUUUUUCUCUUUAAAAUAAAAUUCAAAGAAGACACGGAGACUGACGCAGAAAGCCUAUCCGACGAUCUUGAAAAUAAUGGUCUCGGAAAUUACACAACCACGGUUAAUAAACUUGAAAACACAAACCUGCCACGUGUGCCACCUGGUUCAAUUGAGGUUACCAUGGUAACUCAUCACUCAGCUGUAAUAAACUGGCUAGCGAUCUCCGAUGAAGACUCGAACGGAGCAAUCCUUGGUUAUAAGAUCAUACUGAUACCUGGGAUUAACAAAACAGUGGAGUUUAACGAGUCCGCUAAGGCGUCGGACACUGAAUUUAAGCACGUUCUUGAAAUGCUCACUUCAAACACGACCUACCGGUUUCAAAUUUAUGGAUACAAUAUAAAUGGUGAUGGUCCUAAAAGUGAAUCAGUGAUUUUCACAACAAAAGUGCAAAUACCAAAGGUUGUCUCGGCAAAUAUCUCCGAAAUUACAACAACUCGUGCUCUUUUCUCCUGGCAAAGAAUAAUCGACAAUAAUGAGACGUAUGGUAUUCUAACUGGGUACAAAUAUAUCAUCAAUCACCAACCAGGGCAAAGUUUUGUAGUCACCGCACACCAAAAUGAAGCUUAUUUGGAUAAUCUCCAGCCAAACAUGAGCUACGGAGUACAAGUCUUUGGAUAUAAUCAUUUUGGCGACGGUGUAAUCAGCGAUCUAUUUAACUUCACUACAAGAGUUCAAAUACCAAAAGUUUCUGAGGCAAAGAUUUCUAAUAUCACGAGAACUGGUAGUGUGUUUUCGUGGAAAAGCAUUAUGCACAGUGAAGAAUCCUAUGGUGAAAUUUCUGGAUACAAGAUAAUUAUAGUUUCAUGGCAACAUGGAUCCUGGAACAUGACAGUUUUCCCAAAUGAUAGCUUUAUUGAACUAAACGAUCUUCGCUCUGGAACUAGCUACAACAUAACAGUUCUUGGUUUCAAUGAGUAUGGCGAUGGAAUUAUUAGCGAUAUUCUUCAAUUCAAAACGCGAGCUCAGAUCCCAAAAGUAUUGGGAUUAAGUAUUUCUCACAUUACGAGAACCAGUGGUGUGUUUUCCUGGAACACUCUGGAACACAAUGAAGAAACCUAUGGUGAAAUAUCUGGCUAUAAGAUUCUUAUAGAUUCUCUUGAGCAUGGUUCCAAGAUUCUGAUAGCUCGCCAGAAUGAAAGUCUUGUUGAGCUGCAAGAUCUUCACUCUGGAACAAGUUACAACAUAACAAUUUUCGCCUUUAAUGCGUAUGGUGAUGGACCUUUCAGCGACGUUCUCGAAUUAAAAACGCGAGGCAUCAUCCCAAAACCAAGCCUAGUUUCAGUUUCCAACAUAACAACAGCAACGUCAAAGCUUUCCUGGAUUUCGAUCCCACCCAACACUGAAACAUAUGGCAACAUUGACGGUUACAAGAUUAUCACACGUGUUGGGUCUUUCGUCAAUAACACGAUUAUUAGAGAUGUUACAUCUACUGUUUUAAGAAACCUUUCAUCCAAUUCGACGUACUGUUUCAAUGUUGUUGCAUUCAAUGAAUUUGGGGAUGGAUUACCCAGCGACGAGACGUGCUUUACGACAUUAGUGGAAAAAGAAACUGUUAUUUCGAGCUCUUCCCAACCCGAGGCACUUGUGAGUACAACGAUGACAGGAAUGAAACCAAGUAGCAGUGUGAUAGCUGAGAGUAGCAUUUCACAAAUACAAGCAUAUUCUACACAAUCAUCAUCCGCUAUGACAACAGUUAACGAUGUGUCUUCGUCGAUGGUUAUGAUGCCACACUCCUCGUCACCACCCAUAUCAUCACAUUGGUCCAGCUCGUCGUUUAUUUACAGAUCUACAGAUUCACCAGCACUCGCAUCGAUCGACACAAAAUCAUCGUCAAAUGUUGCUUUAACCACUGUUAAACUAACUUCUACUAUUGAAAAUCCAGUUACGACGCCACCGUCCAAAACUACGUCUCCUCAGGAAGCAAAAACAUCCACCAUUAUUCCAACAAAGCCAAAGACGGCAAUCUCAAGCGUCGUCAAUGCGACGGACGUUGAAUACAUUGUCGGUAAAAUUCGCCUAGUCAACGAAACAUUCACCUCGGAUUUAAAUAACCCAGAAACAGAAGCUUUUAAAACUCUUGCAAGCCAGAUUGAAAAGAUGCUUGCAGAUUUUUUCCGCUCCCACAGUCUUGUAAUCGUCAGCGUCAAGGUGAUAGAAUUUCGACAAGGAAGCGUGGUCUUUGACUUCUACGUCGUAACUCAGAAAUCAAAUGGAUAUCAGACGACAAAUUUUUCAACAGUCCUCCAGCAAGCUAAGACCAGUGGUGAAGGACUGCAAGGCCAACAGUUUGAUUUUGAUCCAACCCAUUUCUCCACAAAGCAAGUCGAGCCUACAAUGGCACCAACGUUAGCGAGCGAGGCGAAUAAAGGGUUACAGAAGAAUGACGAGGAGGAGGACGAUGCGUUGAUUGUCGCUGUGGUAAUUUGUGUUCUUCUGUUCCUUGGGGUAGCUCUGGUCGCCUUUUACGUCGGAAAGAAAAAGAAUUGGUUUAAGAGAGGAAAGAGGAAGAUCGUUCCCGAAAACGAUGAUGAUGAUGAUGACGACGACUAUGGCGACUAUUCUCCGCCCACAAACGAUAAGGUUCGACUGAAAACAGCCCGGGCUGGAAGAAGAAGUCAUGGGGCGAGAAUAAAUGAGGGAAACACCACAACAGAAUGUUAAUAUAAAGUAAUAUUUAUAACCAUUUUAAGAAUAACAUGAGACGAUUGUUGUUGACCAUUCUCCAAGAGAAAAUAGGCUAAAUUCGUUUCAAAUAAUUCAAUUGUUGAAGGUGGGCGGCAACUUUCAUAAUUUGCAACAAAGAUACCUGGCCACAAAACCUUAGCUUUUUUGUAGCUGCAUUAGUUAGUCUUUUUGGAUUGCAAAAAAUGAAAAUGAGCCGUCAAUAAUUUUAAAAUCUCACUGUUAUUCCUGAGCUGUCUGAGUAGUUAGUUUAAUUAACUACUCUUAUUCCUAUAAAUUCAUAUUAAUUCGAAAUUAGGUUAAAACCACUGUGUAUCUCUAGGAGGAUGGUAGCAAUUAUUAUAUAAGGUUGUUUUCGUAUGAUUAUAAAAGGUUUAUAGCAACGAUACAAAAUGGAACAGGUGAUAAUGAAUGCACGUUCUUUUACCAUACGGAAAUCACAAAUGACUGCAAAUGUGAUGAUAUUAAGCAGUUUAAAGAGAUCCUAUAAUUAUACAGCACUGAUAUGAUAUAUCUUAAGCACAAGGGCCCAGUCAAAACACGUUUAUCAUUCAUGCAAUCUAUGCAUGAAUAUUAAAUUAUUACUAUAAGAAUAGUUUAUAAUAGCUAAUAGUUUAGUUGAAAAGACUUUAAUGCAUGGCAGUCUGCUGAGGCUGAAAAAACUCACAUUAAAUUAUACUAAAAGUGAAAAUCUAUCCCAUAUAUUACAACGAUUAAAAAUUAGAA